AUGGCAGCAGGAUAUGAAACAACAUCAACUGCUCUGGCUUAUGCAACAUAUGAGCUUGCUAGACAUCCAGAAGUUGUCAAGAAACUGCAAGAUGAAAUAAACCAACUUCCCUUCAACAAUGAUGAUGAAUUCGAUAAGGAAAGAAAAAAAUAUUCCGACUAUGAUUUAGUCAUGCAGAUGCCUUAUAUGGAUAUGUUCAUUUCUGAAGUCUUGAGAAUGUAUCCUAUUGGAAAUAUGUUCAUUCAAAGAUGUGCCUCCAAAGAUACAGUUGUACAAGGAAUUACCAUUGAAAAGGGCAACUUAGUGCAUGCUGAUGUCUAUUCAAUUCAUUAUGAUCGUGAACUUUGGGGUCCUGAAGAUCCAUACGUUUUCUUUCCUGAACGCCAUAAAAUAAAACGUCAUCCAAUGGCCUAUUUGCCAUUUGGAGCAGGUCCACGACAUUGUAUUGGUAUGCGCUUUGCAUUGAUGGAGAUAAAACUUCUACUAGUACAGCUACUUCGAAAGUAUACGAUUCUGCCCGGUGAAAAUCUCGAAGGCAAAUUUAACAUCGGUGAACGAACGGCUAUCACACCCGAAGAAGUGUGGGUCAAACUGGUAGAAACAAGUGAUUGA